GGGCGAGGCAGUCUCGGACCGCUCUCCGUGCGCGUCGGUAGUGUCGCUGUCCAGUGUCCGCUAGUGCGCCGCGCUCGGUGCCGCUCAGUGCUCCCAGUGCUCAUAAUGCAGCCGGCACCCGCUCGGCUCCAGUGAAUCCUCAAUAUCAGGAUGCACGCGGUGGGACUACACUCCGCGCUCGCCAUCCGCCGCGAGCGGAAGCGCCGCGCCGAGCAGCAGCGCGCUCGCGAGCGCCGCUACUCGCUGCAGUCCUCCGAGUCCGGCCUCACCAGCCCGCACUGCUCCACCGGCAGCUUGGAGAGGCGCCGCUACCGGAACACCAGGGCCGCCGAAAAUGAAGUUGUCUCCUCCGUUGGCAUGCUGCACCUCGGUGUCGUCUUCCUCGUACUCGGCGUCUUCCUGGUCGCCAGCGGAUGGUUGCCUGACGACGUCACCUCUUGGAGUAGUAUCGGCUCCGUCAGCUGGUUCAACGAGCUGGUCUGCUCGGGUUUGUUCGCGCUUGGGAUCGGGAUAUUUCUGAUCGCUCUGCACAAGUACCUCACCAAGAGCGAGGAGGAGGCGCUAGAGGACUAUGUGCAGAGACAGCUAACGAGGUCACGAUCAGGGCACCGGCUGGAGAGGGACGCGGAGACAGGCGGCAUGCACACGAAGAACGCGCGGCGAGCCCGCGCCACCGAGGUGCUGCCGGAUGCGACCUCCGAGACGUACACGCAGCCCCCCGAGCGCGCGCACGGGUUCGUCAAUGCUCUGGCGGUGAACGGCGACGCUCUGCGGGAGAUGCCGCUCGAGCAGAUCGCGGAGGAGGAGGUAUCGGUGACGUCGGAGUGCGACCGGCGGCUCGGCAAGUUCAACAAGGACACGUACUCGACCCCGUCCGUGGCGCCCAGCCUGAGCCCGGGCUCGCCGUCCGACACGCGGGAGCUGCUCUCCGACGGGCGCUAUAUGGUCAUGUCGCGCAUAUGAACGCGCCUUUGCUCACGCUUACUUACUGCCUUCGACUUUAAGAGAACGUUUCCAGGUCGCGUCCUCUGCGUCUGAUCGCGACGUACACACAUGUAACACGCGCUGUUCUAUCAAAGACUCGUUUCGUCGAUCGUAGUUCGUUCGUACGUUUUCUUAACAAAAAUAUACUUCAAGCAUUUCGCCUUUAUGUAAUCGUUCCGCUGUUCCUGACUGAGCUUCGAAGCUUCGCAGCGCUCUAAAUUGAUUUUCAAAAGCUAUUUGAGUUUUAUUUUUAUGAACGGACCAAUCGAUUGUUAGAUUUUAGUAUAAGUUGUGUUGUCAGUCUGUUUGUAACGAGACGAGGGUAUUAAUUUUCAUGUGACAGGGAAUAAUGAAGGUUAAUGUAAUACUUUUUUUUUAAAGGUCGGAUGAGUUAGUACGAUUUUAAAUAGUAAUUUAACGGCUUUAUGUUUGAAAUUUCUGAUCAUAACAACGACUUGUAAUACUUAGACAACAGUAAGAACAUUUACAGUAUUUACCAUAAAUCAAAUUCGACCACAAUAGCCCAAAUUUAAAAAAAACAUUAUUUUUAACUUAACAACGUCGUAUAGAUGACGUCACAGCGUAGGUCGACCUUAACGUGUCUAUCGUAAUUACAAUCAGACUGAUUAGGAUAUUAUAUAUUUAACUAAUCCCUAUAAAUUAGCUUGAGACUGAAAAAAAAUUUAAUUUACAAUAUUUAAAAAACAUAAAAAAAAUACAUUUUCACAUAUUGGACUCUUAUAUUGGUUUUAAUGUCAACUCUUUGAAGCCCUAUUCGCUUAGCAAUGAUUGGAUUUUAAUCAAAGAAUGACACAAACAGGAUCACAACUACACUUUUAAAAAUAACUUUGCGCUACAUUUAAUCUAGAAAAUGAACUGUAUUGUAGCUAUGAUUUACGUUCGAAUACAUAAUUUUUUAUACUCAAAAACGAAAACUGUGCCAAAAAUAGGCUUUGGCUUAGCUUUUUGGCUUAAUCCAAUUACAUUUACACGAAUAAUAUUUAAUGUUUAAAUGGAAGCUUAUUGUUUUGACGUGACAACGUCUUAUAAUUCGAUGGAGCCGGCUGCACGCUCGAAAAAACAUGACUCAUGCGGCGUUACCUCGCUCUGAGGCGUACAUGUUUUCGUCAAGUAUGAAGUUCAGUGAAAAGUGAAUGUGGUGUCAAUAGUUUAUAGCAAUAAUAAUUGCGAUAAUUGAAAAAUGAAACCAUUCCAUCAGUAUUUUCUUAUGACGUUGUCACGUUUAACUAUCGUCAGUAAACCGACUACAGACAACCAAUUUUUUUUUGCCAAACGUUCAGCACUGCGAGCAUUACAAACACUAUAUUAACUUGACGCGCGCAUGCAUACAAACGUCUCUUUGAAGCUAACAUUAGCAGCAACAUAUAAAAACGAUUGAAUUGUAAUGAGGUUUUUGCUUGCACAGAGCACUCGAGCGUUUGCCCCACCAUUUUAAUAAGUCUUUAUUUGUUUUAUGGCUGUGAAUUAAAUUUAUUGUAAUAUUACACUUAGUUAUUUUAAAUUAUGGGUUUUGGUAUACAACGGAUUUUAUUGAGAAGCCGGUACCCGUGAACACGCAAGUAGCUAAAAUUCUUCAAUAUUUUAGAAAAAUAUGUGGUUUAGUUUUUUCGGAUCUGCUCAAAUCUUUAAUUGAACUGUAGUACCAAGUGAACUCUCCGUUGUAUUUCGAAACUAAAUCAAUAUGUCCUAAAACAUUACGCCUUUUAGACUGAUUAUAAAAAGAUAAUUUGUUUUGUAUUUGAUCGCGUAUUUCCCUGAGAUAUGGCCUCAAUUUAACUAACGUUCUUUGGUGUAUUGAUAUUAUAAAAAUACAAGCUUAGCUCAAAUAAAUACCUUCUCACGAUUCAUUUAAUCCUAGUGUUUGCGUAAAAUUGUUUUAGAUAUUUAGGCUUAAUUUAUUUUGUGUUUUUUUGUUUUACUUUAAGCAACAUUUUAUUUAAUUAAGGUUAUUUUAUUUGUUUGAUUACGCGUUCAUUGAUCCACAUUUCAACAAUAUGCAUAUUGUAAAGUAACAUGUUAAAAUAUGCAGGCACAUAUAAAGGUCGUACACAUUAUACUGAAGUUAACUUUUCAAUAUUUUUCACUAAACUACAACACGUUUGAACUUCAAUGUCAUUUGAAUUUCAAUAAAGAAUCUUGGCCAUAAUUAACACUGUUUUUACGUCAGCCACAUUAUAUCUAAGCUUUCGACUAUACAGUUUUCGGGAUCUCACAUAAUGACAAUUAAAAACGACAUUAAACCGUAAAAGUACUUUUAAUUAUGUCCAAGGCUCGUCAAAAUCGAGGAAGAUAAUUUCACGCUAUUUCCAUCAGUAUUACGUACAUAUUUCAAUUGAAAAUUACAUAUUCGGAGGGCCUUUUUAAUAGCGAAAUUGGCAAUUCAUGAACUCAAGACGACAAAUGUACGAAUCUUUACUCAAUGGCCCAGAGACAUUAGAUUAACUGGCACUUAGUAAUACUAAGCACAUUCCUAUUAGAUAUAACAAUUAUACUCUUGCUGUGAUCGUAAACAGUCAACAUUCAAGACUUGAUAAUUCUAAGAAACUAAUAUUAAUUUUUGAUUAUGUAAAUUACAAAUACAAAAUUAUGUUCUUUAUUAGCGAUGUCAUAGAAUUUCUUUUGGGUGAAUCUAUAUUUAACCUUUGGCUAAUGGUUUAUGUAGAAUGUAAUAACAGGAAUUGGCUAAUGUUUUCUUUCUGUGCACAAUCAGCUAUUUACUUAUGCUAAGGAGCGUCGAUUGAGACCUUAUUUGCUAAAAAGACGAUAAGUUUAGACAAACAGCUAUCUAUGAAUCGCCAUACAUUUAAAAAGCCAAGGACGUAAAUUGCGGCUUCCCGGCUUGGUCUUUUACGUAAUAUAGCAAAAACGCGUCGAUAUCUACUAUUAUAUGCUGAAUUAUGUUAUUGGAUAUUGCUAAUUUUAUUUAAACUAAAAACAUUUUUGUUUAUUCAGAACGAACAGUCGUAUACAUCAAGUUGCAAAAAUAUGAAGGGGUCGUUUGAAAUCAAAACUAUAUCUAGUUUUAAAAAAACUUAUGGGAAAUGCAUAUAAUAGUGAUUACAAUAACGGACCUGCAAAUACAAUGGGAAUUAAUAAAACUGCAUCAAGUCAGGCUAAUUUAGAACUACAUUGUUUUGGACGCGCAACCAUUUAUUAAUUAUUGCCGGUAUUUCUCAUUUGAAACUACAUAACUCUAAAACGAAUAAAGUUUAAUUAAAAUUGAGCUCUAAAAGCUAUAUACGGCUUCAGCUUAGCACGAACAUUAGCUUGAAUAGCACAAAGGCUUAAACAUUCCCAUUACGUAACAUCACAAGCGACGCAACGACUAGAGACAUUCGCGAUUUCAAUUUGCUUCUAUCGUUUCAAUUUACUGCCCGGGCUGUGUGGUGAUGUCACGCAAUUAUCGAACUAAACCAGGGGUGAGCAACCUUUUUAAUCAAUAGGCCAAUUUAAAUUUUUUUUUGGCGGACCGCACAUAGAUUAACUCUUUUUAAUAACUAGCUUACCCGGCAAACUUCGUAGUGCCUCAAUCGAUAAAUAAAAGACCUAAGCCUUUGUAUAAAAUAAACUUAAAACAAACAAAAGGAAUCCGUCCGACGGAGGACACAUCAAAGGAAAAACAAAAUUAUUAUUUUUAUUCAAUUCUGAGCAUUUUCAUAUGUAUCUACCUUUUAAACCUUUUCUGGACUUCCACAAAUAAUUCAAGACCAAAAUUAGCCAAAAUCGGUCCAGCCGUUCUCGAGUUUUAGCGAGACUAACGAACAGCAAUUCAUUUUUAUAUAUAUAGAUUUCCGAAACUUUAUUUAUAAUAAAUAAAUAACUAAAAAAAGGAAAGAUUUCAUGUACAAAGUUUAAUACAAGAUAAAAACAAACAAGAAAAGAACAGAUAAACGAACAGAAAGAGAGAGUCGAUAAAAUAAAAUCAAUUUUAGAGAUGCUUGGCGGGCCGCGUGUUGCUCAUCCUUGAACUAAACCAAAAAUUAUUCCUAGAAACGCUGGCAUAGCCUCUCAAGACCUUAGCUUAGGUAGAAAAAAAAACUGCCCAGAACAGCGUAUUAGUUUUGCGUUACAGUGGUACAUCAACCCUAGCUUAUUAUGUUCUGGACAUUUCCCAUACAGAAACAGUCUUGUACUAUUUUUUUUUAAUGGAUUUUAUGACCUGGUAACUAAGACCUUUAGGUCAAGUCUUAUUUUAAUUUUAAUGAUGGCUUUUUUAAAUGAAAUAUGGUAUUAUGAAAUGAAAUGAAGUUGAUUAUUAUGAAACAUGGCAUGAAAUAAAAUGAAAACGAAAUGAAAUGAAAUGAGAUGAUAUGGGAUGAAGUAUAAUCUCAGUAAAAUGGUGGUCAUUUACUGAGACUUUUUCAGUGGACUUUUUGAAAGAUCCCGAGAAGUUACGUUCAGGGACAUUGUUUCAUUUUCCCACAUUUGUGCACUUUCACAGAUACUACACAGUUAAUAAACCACCGUUAUUACGCAUUUAAACCUGAAGAAACACUAAAUAGACAAAAUAAAACAAUACACACAACUUCACUCCUCGCGUUCCCGCCGAAAAGUCCAGUCUUGUCAUUUCGUACAGAGGGCUGUAAUAGCUGUAUUGACUAAACACUUGAACAUGUAAUCUGUGUUAAAAUAUCAAUUGUUCACAUUGUUAGUCGUGAGCUGUGGCUAUUAAAAUAUAAUAUAAAUGUUAACUUUUUCAGGGACAUUGGCACAUAAUAUGUGUAUCUUAUUGAACUGUUUUCAAUAUAAAAUGCACAAAUCGCAAUAAAGAACAAAUUAAAUUCAAGUUUUAUAAACUUUAAUCAAAUGUAAGUAAGUUAAAAGUAAAUAUUGGAUGAGUUUUAAUAGGCUUGUCCAUAAGCAUUGUCGAAUUUCAUUAAAAAAAUCAAACACUGGUAUUACUUACUCUUAUUGGAAUUGAGAAGUUUAACAUGUACUAACUAAAUCAGUUUAAGGUUAUCGUUCUUCAAAUUGACAAGUUGUUUUCUCUUCUACGUUAUCUGUAAUUUUUUUUUGUAAUUUUAUUAUAGUAGGUAUUAUAUUGUAAGUCACAGUGAUCGCGCCCUCGUGCAAAGAAAUUAAUAAUAGCAAUUGUUUGUAUUGUGUUACUUGAUGUAUGUAUAAUUUUGCACAGAAAUUUAAAUGGUCGAGUAUGUUUUGAAUUUAUUACAAAUUUAAAUACAUUACAUCUAACUUCAUCUAUUUUAGCUGCAUAAAAUUACUAAAUAUUUUAUUACGCAUCUUAUGCAUAUUUAUGCAUAUUACGUUUAUGCAUAUUAUGUUUACGAACGUGCGAAUUUCUUGUCGUCGAAAACGCGUUGUAAACUAUAUAUGUAUAUUUUUAAAUCAAGAAACGAUUACGAUAAUUGCACAAAAAUAGCGACAAAAUAUACUAACUACAUAGUUUUUUGCACAAUUUAAUUAUGAAAUUUCUCGUGCCUAUAAAACUUUUUAUAUUUAGAUAAUUUUAUAUAGAUAAUUACUAUUAUAAUAAUACCACAUAAACAUAUGUAAAUAUUCAAACACAUAUUGUAUUAUAUAGAUAUUUCAACAUCAAAGCUAAAUAUUAUGUGCAGAUGAAAAGGACAAAUGGCCACUAGUGUUCCGCGGCUCUUGGCUUUGUGGCCUAGGAUUGGAUCUCCCAUUUCUUCCCGUGGGGGUCCCGUAAAAGACAAAGGAUUCACCAGGGAAAGGGCAGUCUCCCGGAACGGCGUACUCUAAGCCCACACGGGUGUGCCCAUCCAGCUUAUUUCUGCCGCGAAAUAGCGAUACGUUGCGAUCUGAAGGGCGGAACAGCUUUUAUGCAAUGCAAGACUUGGACCUCAAAUAUCAAGGUCAGGUCUGAGCAUUUGUCAUUAUUUAAUUAAUCGUGAACGAAUAACUAUGUAAACCGCCAAUUUACAUUAAUAAAUCACUCCCAUUAUUUGCUUGUGCCGAUUUAUAACAAGUUCGAAAUUCUGUGUCAAUGAAAUUGAAGUUUUGCUCUGAUGUUGAAAUAGAACGCAUUUUAUUAUACUCUAUUAUAAAUAUUACAUUAUUUUAUUAGUGUAAGUGAGCGACGCUCCGAUGUCCGCUUACCGCUAGCUGAUGCCGUCUUUCAUCACUUAAGUCGGAGUGUGUAACUUGUAGCAUUGUUUACGAGUGUCUUCGAAAUGUGAUUUGAAUGAAAUUGAGAAAACAAAAUGGAACUUUUAUACCGAUUAUCCCCAAAUCACAUCUUUAAAAAAUUUAUUGGCGUAAUAGCAUCUAUGAUUGAUCUUCAUAGGUGUUAUUAUGUCUUCCACUUAUUUUUAUCCACUAUCUAAAUUUAUAAAAUUUUACCCUAAACAUCAUUUCUAAAGGUAGAUUUUAUUAAUAAUCUGCUAAUCUAUUAGCAAUGUUAUUUCAAAGUUAAUAUAUGCCUAUUUCAAAUAUUUAUAUUAAUGUACUGUUUAAGUAAUAGUGAUGCAAGCUAAAAAAAUAUUUAUAUUUAAUUGUACAAGCAUUGUAAACACCUUUCAAUGAAAGACAUUCACACUAGACAGUUCACAGUAGACUGUAAAGGGACACGGCAAAUAAUGCUACAGUCGCUCACAGGAUCUUUAUUUUGGUGUAGUAAGAUUUUGAUGUUGUGUAUAGCUCAAACCGAAGGGAAGUUGUUAACUGCGCCUCACAGUAUAACAUGACACGGCAAAAAUGUUAAAUGAUUCCAAUUUACGUUCAAUAAAACGGAAUACUUUGAAUCAGAAAAGAAUAUCGAUUAGGACUCGUAAAUCAUCAGACUUUCUCUGCAAAAGGCCUAAGUUCACGGUAUAUUUACGGAUUUAACGCUAGUGUAACAUUUAGUAUUAAAAUUGUCUUAAUAAGAGAUCACGUACUAUUUUUUUUUAUUGCCCCUGUAGGCAGAUGAGCAUACGGUCCACUUGAUGGUGAGUGGUUAUCGUCGCUCAUGGACUUCAGCAAUGCCAGGGGCAGAGCCAAGCCGCUGCCUACCGCAGCAUUCCUCAGAGCACUCCCCAUGGAACAUGCGAUACAAAAUACAGAGGGAACCGAAGUCCCUCCGCAGACCCAGAGGUUACUCUGCGAGUGAUUUAACGACGAAGGCAUAAAUUCGUCUAAUGAAGAGAAAACCUCAGUCAAACUUGCGUAGCAACGGUAGGGCCCGCCAUGUCAACUGUUCAUCCUUGAAGCAAUCAUGCAAUAUGAUUUUUAGGGUUUUUUUUAGGGAUUUUUUAGGGAUUUUUUUUAUGGAUUUUUAGGAUUGGAGGACAAAUGAGUCUUAAAAUUGAGAAUAGGACUCAAUUUUUUUUUUAUGUUACUGUCUACUUUUAUUUAUAUAAAUCAAAAUGCAAGGUAGUUUAAUAACCUAAAAGUACAUAUUAUUAUCUGCAACACGCUAAUUUGUAUCGAGUACGCACUGAUCAAUAUUCUCAUGACUAAGGAAUAAAGUCUUAUUUCUAAAGAAUCGAUUAAAGAAUAUUUCAAGCUAUGGAAGUGAGCUGCAGUUAACACCGCCCUGAUGUCUGACUGUAACAUCCAUCGCGAUACUAUGGGUAUUACAAUUAUCAAAUUUCACGUCAGUAGUUUUAGUCGUGUUCAAUCGUUUGCAGUGAAUCACAGUAAAUGUGUAUAAAUGUGUGUAAAUCGGAAUAGCGAUUAUUAGGCUUGCCAACCUUGAUGCACGGAUUUGCAGAAUAUUCAUGUUUAUUUACGACGGACGAGGCAAAAAAGCUUUGUCUUUUAAAAUACCAGAAACACGAGAAAUUCGAUUUGAUCUGUGUUUUAAUCGACAAAUGAAUUGAAGUCAAAAAGAAAACCGAAUUGCACUAUCGAAAAUUACAAAGAAAUCUUGAAGUUCUUGCUUGUAAUUUUUUUUUUUCGAUGUUCAUUCACGCACAAAUAUUCGUGCCAACCACACAAUGAUACCGCGUCCCAGAUAUUCCCUUAAUAGUUCGAAGCACCUACAUUGUUCGCUUUUAAAUUUCAGCUUUUACAAUUGUAACUCUUAUUUCGGAUAUUUUAAUUUAAGUAUAGUGUGAAUAUAUCACUCUGUUGUUGUGUUUCAAUAAGGGAAUCUAAAAACUAAUUAUUUUUGGCGACUUUAAAAACAGUAUAUGGUUUUCCAUAUAUGUACAUUUUUCGUAAAAUGCCAUAUUAAUGCUAUUUAUGUAGGACACAGUCAGUUAUCGUCUCUUCCUUUGGAGAGCGGUAGAUUGGCAGUUGCGAGACAUAGCGUACUAAGAUCAUUCGGGCUGGAGGCACAGAUCAGAGAAAAACGUUUCGUCAUGACUUGGCGGAUCGCUAAAUCGACUCGCCUUUGGCUCUCAAUCCGGAGGCUGUCCGAACACGCUACUUUUUUUUUCCUACCUAAGCUGAUAGCCUUGAGAGGCUAUUUCAGCAUAACGUUAACUAGUAGGUGAGCUCGCGGGGCUCAAACUUGACGACGUUACUAACACGAACCCUAGCAAGAGUAGUGCUUCGCAGAAUCUACCAUCAGAUCGCGGAAACGCGACCCACUGAGAGGAUCCGUCGAGAAACUCAGUGGGCUGUGUCUGUGGGUUAAUUUACUCGUCGGGCCCAUCGUCGCUGCAAUGAUGAAGGCUGGCAAACCUAAAACUGACCGUCACUGACUUGAUUUUGAUUGUGAUACCCAUGGUGGUAGAUGUGAAAUUCAGACGGCAAGGUCUCGGGUUGUGGAUGUGAUUUUUAAGCGUUUUCGGUGUCGUCGAAAUUUACGAACGCUUUUGCGCAAUUUUUUAAAAUUAUUAAUCGAAUAAAUAAAUAACUAUAUACACUUUACGCACUUUUAUGUAUUUAGUGUUUAAAACGAAUUACUAAAUAUUAUAUUACGUAUUCUUUAUCCCACCGCUGGGCAUGUUACCUCACUAUUUUUAAUUAGUGUGCCAUAGUUUUUUUUUUAAAGUAAAUUGUACUGUAACGAUUUGUUUAGUGUUUGUUAACAAUCUUGAUGUCUUUUAUUUGCUGCUAAUAUAUAGUUUAUCGAAGUCUGUAUCUUUGUGUUUAAAAAAUUGUUUAAGUGUUGAAAAAUUAAACAUUAAUACUUACAUUUUACAAAUGCAGUAUAUUUGUACAAUUUUUAUGUUUAAUUAAUGUUAAGUGAGAUGUCUUUGAAGCCAAUGAAAUAAUAUAAAUACCUAAUUUAUUAGCCUAGUGUUUAUAGUUUUUGUUUUUUUUUUUUUCAAUUUUGCCAAAACCUUGAUGUACAUAUAUAAAAUUAUGAUUUACGUGUGUUUGUGUAUCGUUGUCAGAUUUGGCAUAUUUUUAAAAAUUAAAUUUUAAUUUUACAGUUUUUGAACUUAUUUUAAAUUAUUUUUAUAAUUUCAUGACAUUACUUAAAAAAAGUUGUAUUUUUAACAUUUUAGUUAUGUAUCAGAACAAAUUACUCAAUAUUCACUUUAAGCUUUUGUUUAUGACAUUAUUUGAAUUACUUGCAUUAAUUUCUUACACAUAAGAUGUAUUCUACCAUCUACUUUUGGUUAACAUUGGGAAUAAAAAACGUUGUUUGAAUAUAAUUACUACAUUUAACGUUUUUAAAUUUUCAAAAAAUCUUGUACCAUACAAUAGUUAAAUAAGUAUUGAAACUUUUUUCCUUAAAAUAAUCUGUACGUGUGAGGAAAGUGAUACCGUUCUCUUUGGCCAUUUUUUUUCUUUUAUCACUCAAUGAAUUCUGUCUUAUCCUCUAUCUUUAAUGUAUUUCAAAAAUUUAAAUUUAGAAUAUUAAUACGCUCUUAUUUCUCAAACCAAAUGAAAUACGUGGAUUGUUGCACAUUUUCUUGAAAAAAAACCCUAUUAAUGAUAAUUUAAAAUGUUAAUCUUUUCAUCCAGCGAUUUCUACAGAUAUCAGGUUGAUCCUGUAACAUCUCGACCCAUUUAAUUAAAUUAAAAAAUAUAAUCGCGCGUAACUUCUUUUAAUUUAUUAAUUUACUAUCAAAUAUUUUUGUAUCACUUUCCUUACUUAAGAAUAAUCUUUUGAAUUUGUAUACUUUCUUAAGACACGAACCAUACCACACUAGUGUGAUGCGUUUAUUAUUUCACACGAUUUAAAUUACACACUUAUUAAUUGAAUAAAUUAUUAAAAUUCAAAA